AUGUCAAACUGUAGCUUUUACAGUGAGCUUUUACCGCCCAGGACAACAUACCGCCCAGGACAACACACCGCCCAGGACAACACACCGCCCAGGACAACACACCGCCCAGGACAACACACCGCCCAGGACAACACACCGCCCAGGACAACACACCCCCCAGGACAACACACCGCCCAGGACAACACACCGCCCAGGACAACACACCGCCCAGAACAACACACCGCCCAGAACAACACACCGCCCAGGACAACACACCGCCCAGGACAACACACCGCCCAGGACAACACACCGCCCAGGACAACACACCGCCCAGGACAACACACCGCCCAGAACAACACACCGCCCAGAACAACACACCGCCCAGAACAACACACCGCCCAGGACAACACACCGCCCAGGACAACACACCGCCCAGGACAACACACCGCCCAGGACAACACACCGCCCAGGACAACACACCGCCCAGGACAACACACCGCCCAGAACAACACACCGCCCAGAACAACACACCGCCCAGAACAACACACCGCCCAGGACAACACACCGCCCAGGACAACACACCGCCCAGGACAACACACCGCCCAAGACAACACACCGCCCAGAACAACACACCGCCCAGGACAACACACCGCCCAGGACAACACACCGCCCAGGACAACACACCCCCAGGACAACACACCGCCCAGGACAACACACCGCCCAGGACAACACACCGCCCAGGACAACACACCGCCCAGGACAACACACCCCCAGGACAACACACCGCCCAGGACAACACACCGCCCAGGACAACACACCGCCCAGGACAACACACCGCCCAGGACAACACACCGCCCAGGACAACACACCGCCCAGGACAACACACCGCCCAGGACAACACACCGCCCAGGACAACACACCGCCCAGGACAACACACCCCCCAGGACAACACACCGCCCAGGACAACACACCGCCCAGGACAACACACCGCCCAGGACAACACACCGCCCAGGACAACACACCGCCCAGAACAACACACCGCCCAGGACAACACACCGCCCAGGACAACACACCGCCCAGAACAACACACAAUACCAACACAGCACAUCUUUCCUCUAUUUCUACUCCCCCCCCUCCAUCGGCUACCCCCUCCAUCGGCUACCCCCCCAUCGGCUACCCCCCCCCCCAUCGGCUACCCCCCCCCCCCCCAUCGGCUACCCCCCCCCAUCGGCUACCCCCCAUCGGCUACUCCCCCUCCAUGGCUACACCUCCCCCCCUCCAUCGGCUACUCCUCCCCCUCCAUCGGCUACUCCUCCCCCUCCAUCGGCUACUCCAUCCCCCCUCCAUCGGCUACUCCAUCCCCCCCCCUCCAUCGGCUACUCCACCCCCCUCCACCGGCUACCUACCCCCUCCACCGGCUACUCCCCCCUCCACCGGCUACUCCCCCCCUCCACCGGCUACUCCCCCUCCAUCGGCUACUCCCCCCUCCAUCGGCUACUCCCCCUCCAACUACUUACCCCCUCCACCGGCUACUACCCCCUCCACCGGCGACUCCCUCCACCGGCGACUCCCCCUCCACCGGCGACUCCCCCUCUCCAUCGGCUACUUACCCCCCUCCAUCGGCUACACCUCCCCCUCCAUGGCUACACCUCCCCCCUCCAUCGGCUACACCUCCCCCCUCCAUCGGCUACUCCACCCCCUCCAUCGGCUACUCCACCCCCCUUCACCGGCUACUCCACCCCCCUCCACCGGCUACUCCACCCCCUCCACCGGCUACUCCACCCCCCUCCACCGGCUACUCCACCCCCCUCCACCGGCUACUCUCCCACCUCCACCGGCUACUCCCCCCUCCACCGGCUACUCCCCCUCCACCGGCUACUCCCCCCUCCACCGGCUACUCCCCCCCUCCACCGGCUACUCCCCCUCCACCGGCUACUCCCCCCCUCCAUCGGCUACUCCCCCCUCCAACUACUUACCCCCUCCACCGGCUACUACCCCCUCCACCGGCGACUCCCCCUCCACCGGCGACUCCCCCUCUCCAUCGGCUACUUACCCCCCUCCAUCGGCUACACCUCCCCCUCCAUGGCUACACCUCCCCCCUCCAUCGGCUACACCUCCCCCUCCAUCGGCUACUCCACCCCCUCCAUCGGCUACUCCACCCCCUCCAUCGGCUACUCCACCCCCCUCCACCGGCUACUCCACCCCCCUCCACCGGCUACUCUCCCACCUCCACCGGCUACUCCACCCCCUCCACCGGCUACUCCACCCCCUCCACCGGCUACUCCACCCCCUCCACCGGCUACUCUCCCACCUCCACCGGCUACUCCCCCACCUCCACCGGCUACUCCCCCCUCCACCGGCUACUCCCCCCCUCCACCGGCUACUCCCCCUCCACCGGCUACUCCCCCCUCCACCGGCUACUCCCCCUCCACCGGCUACUCUCCCCCCCUCCACCGGCUACUCCCCCCUCCACCGGCUACUCCCCCUCCACCGGCUACUCCCCCUCUCCAACUACUUACCCCCUCCACCAGCUACUACCCCCUCCACCAGCGACUCCCCCCUCCAUCAGCGACUCCCCCCCUCCAUCAGCUACUUACCCCCUCCAUCAGCUACUUACCCCCUCCACCAGCUACUCCCCCUCCACCAGCUACUUACCCCCUCCACCAGCUACUUACCCCCUCCACCAGCUACUCCCCCUCCACCAGCUACUCCCCCUCCACCAGCUACUCCCCCUCCAUCAGCUACUCCCCCUCCAUCAGCUACUCCCCCUCCAUCAGCUACUCCCCCUCCACCAGCUACUUACCCCUCCACCAGCUACUUACCCCCUCCACCAGCUACUCCCCCUCCAUCAGCUACUUACCCCCUCCACCAGCUACUUACCCCCUCCACCAGCUACUCCCCCUCCAUCAGCUACUUACCCCCUCCACCAGCUACUCCCCCUCCAUCAUCUACUUACCCCCUCCACCAGCUACUUACCCCUCCACCAGCGACUCCCCCUCCACCAGCUACUCCCCCUCCACCAGCUACUCCCCCUCCACCAGCUACCCCCCCCCUCCACCAGCUACUCCCCCCCUCCACCAGCUACUUACCCCCUCCACCAGCUACUUACCCCCUCCACCAGCUACUCCCCCUCCACCAGCUACUCCCCCCUCCACCAGCUACUUACCCCCUCCACCAGCUACUUACCCCCUCCACCAGCUACUUACCCCUCCACCAGCUACUUACCCCUCCACCAGCUACUCCCCCUCCAUCAGCUAG